UCCCGCUCUAGCUCGUAACUUCACCACGCCACUCACUUGUUCUCUCCCGCGCGCCACGCGGCCACGGCCACGGGCAGCCGCCGCGCCGCGAGCCACCACUGGGCACUGGCUCCAUCCUCCGUUGCUCGCGCUCUCCCGUCCGUCAGAUCCUCAGAGAUCUUCAUAGAGAGGGGAAAAGGAUGGCAGCGGCUGCAAUCGCGACCCUAUCCUUCAGUUCAGUUCCUUGCAAAAAACGGCCCCGGCAUGGCGCUAGUUCCUUCGACGCACAACAGUUCAGUAACUCCAGUUCCUACUGUCACUCUCUCACUCUAAGACCAAGAGUGCCAAGGUCCCGAGCCGUGAGCCGGGUCGUCGUCGCGCAGGCCGGCAGCGGCAGCUACAAGGUGGCCAUCCUUGGCGCGGCGGGAGGGAUCGGGCAGCCUCUUUCUCUGCUGGCCAAGAUGUCCCCGCUCGUCUCGGCGCUGCACCUGUACGACAUCGCCAACGUGGAGCCCGUGACCGCCGACCUCAGCCACUGCAACACCCCGGCGCAGGUCGCCGGCUUCACAGGUAAAGACGCGCUCGCGGGGUGCCUAUCGGGCGCGGACGUCGUGGUCAUCCCCGCCGGCGUGCCCCGGAAGCCCGGCAUGACGCGGGACGACCUGUUCAGCGUCAACGCCGGCAUCGUGCGCGACCUCGUCGCGGCGGUGGCGGACCACGCGCCGGGCGCGCUGGUGCACGUGAUCAGCAACCCGGUGAACUCCACGGUGCCGAUCGCCGCCGAGGUGCUGAAGCAGAAGGGCGCGUACGACCCGCGGAGGCUGUUCGGCGUCACGACGCUGGGCGUGGUCCGCGCCAACGCGUUCGUAGCGGCGAGGAAGGGCCUCCCCGUGGCGGAAGUGGAUGUGCCGGUUGUGGGCGGCCACGCGGCGGCUACCAUCCUGCCGCUGCUGUCCAAGGCGCGGCCCAAGGCGGCGUUCACGGACGAGGAGGUGGAGGAGCUCACCGCCAGGAUCCGGGACGCCGGCACCGAGGUGGUGGAGGCCAAGGCCGGCGCCGGGUCCGCCACGCUGUCCAUGGCGUACGCCGCCGCGCGGUUCCUCGAGGCGUCGCUGCGUGGACUCGACGGCCACGACGACGUGUACGAGUGCACGUACGUGCAGUCGCAGGUUGUGCCGGAGCUCCCGUUCUUCGCGUGCAGGGUGAAGCUUGGGAGGGACGGCGUGGAGGAGGUGCUGGGUUCAGAGCUGAGGGGACUCACCGACUACGAGGCGCGCGAGCUGGAGGAUCUCAAGCCCAAGCUCAAGGCCAGCAUCGACAAGGGCAUCGCGUACGUGCAGCAGAACCAGGAGGCAGCGUUGAACUGAGCCUGUCAGCCACAGCCUCUGCUCGAGCUGUCGAAUUGGCCGCUGUCUCGUCUCAGCUUUGGGUGCUUGGCUGUGUCAGUUUUGUACGUUGCAUAGUGCACGCCGCCCUGUAUGGCUGCAUUCAUUAGUGGACGUUGAAUGCUACAGUCAAAAUGGUUGAAUCUUA